AUGCAGGCAACAAUUUUAGAAAAUAGCCGGUUGCAUCCGCCCUCCCGCCCAAAAUCGGCAAUCUCAACCGUAUUAUCCAUUCUUGAUGCUACGGUCGUUCGAUUCGCUCCUACAGGUGCCAUCUGGGUUUUCGACCAUGACGCACCAGCUGAGAUGGUUGGAUACCUCAAAGUAUCCUUCACCAAGACACUCGAAGCUUUCCCACAUUGGGCGGGCCAGCUUCAGUGGGCACCAGUCCGCAAGAACGGCUCCCAUAAGGAGCGUUUUCAUCGGCCGAUGAUUACCUACGGCCUAGAUUCAGAUCCUGGCGUGGAGUGGAACGUUGUUCAACUUGACUGUUCCCCGGCAUUUGUGGCUCCAGAACCCGUCAUGCGUGCUUCCAAUGAAAUGUGGAUAACGAGCUUUCCUCAGUCCGAUCUCAUGAUCUCGUCAACAAACCUGGCUCUCCAUGACCUCGAUGCAUUUCAAGGUUUACCAAGUGUCAUUGUACAGGUCACUCUUCUGGGCAACAGUGGCUUCGCUGUGGCCGUACAGAUGGCCCAUCCGUUAGGCGAUGCCCAUUCUCUUACCCUUUUUAUGCGUCGAUGGGCGUCCAUUUCCCGCGAUGAUCUUACGAAGCAAGACCUUACCAAAGAUCUGGCGUACCCUAUCUUUGAGCCCGACUGGUUAGACUCUAGGGCUGCUGGCGACAUUGGCGCUCAUGAGGCUGACCCUGACCUGGUCUCAGAGGCCCGCUCUCUUCCUCUGCUCAGGCAUGACUGGUGGAAUACUACUGCUGGACACCAAGCAACGCUUAGCCAGGCAACAAUAAACUCCAAACCGAAAGAUGACGCAUUAUUGCAGAGGGCCAUGAUGUCUCCAGCAUAUCCUCCUCCGUGGGAGAGUUGGGAUAUUUCUAAUUCCGUUACAAAUGCUCUCAUUCACUUUACGGAAGACGAGUUGGAAAGACUGAAAAAGUCAGCCACAGGGACCAUGGCCAGAGUCUCGCGCCUCGAUGCUCUGCUGGCUCAUGUCUGGUCAGGUAUCAACCGGGCUCGCAUACCAUUACUCAAAAAGGAUGAUGAAGUCUUCUUGGAUUUCACCCUAGGAGUCCGUGCUCGGGUUUCGCCGGGCCUCCCAGACAACUUUCUGGGUUCACCUUUAAUCCGCACAUGCCUUGACCGGUUCACACCUGAGGCUGUAGCGGCUAUACUUCAUGACGAAGCGCAUGAAGUCGCGCCUCAGCGUCUAUGGAGAGCAUUUCUUGGCACGAAGCAUACUCUUGUCACUUCAUGGGCCCGGCUUGGGGUUUACGAUAUUGACUUUGUGGGCAGGGGUUUGCGCCCACGCUAUGUGCAUGCCAUCAUGGUUCCCCUGGAUGGUAUGCUAUGUGUGAUGGACAGUGGGUUGCACGAUGGUGGCUUAGACGUUUCGUUGUGUCUGGAGUCGGAAACAUUACAAAGAUUUCUGAAAGACGACAAGUUGCGAGAGUUUUAG